GCCUCGCGCGCACGCCGCCCCGCCCCGCCCGGCGCGCACGCCUCCCGGCCCUCGCCGCCUGCCGCCCUUCCUCCCCGAUCCCUCAGCUGCGCAGCCCCCAGACUCGCUCGCCAGUGGAGGGACCCGGGACGAGCCAGAGCGCGCUGUUAGCCUGAGGAAGCCGGGGGAGACCCGCUGGGCCGGGCAGAGCCGUCAAGAAUAGCGGAGCCUGCCCCGCACGCCCGGGAGCGAAGUGAGAGCGAGGCAGAGUUACGUGAGGCAGCGCAGAGUAAGUGGGCUCGGGUCCGACUCGAGGUCGGGCUCGGGACCGAGACUGGUGGGCCAGGCCCCCGAGCCGGCGUUACCCCCGGUCUGAGGAGCACCGAGCGGACACAGAGGGACGGACCGAGCAAGGACUCAUGGCCUCGCCAUUCCUGCCCGCGGGGGCCACCACGGGCGACAGCGGCGGCGAGCUGAGCUCGGGGGACGACUCCGGUGAUGUAGAAUCCCUCCAGAGCCCCGAGACCGAGGCGUCCGGGAGCCUGACCGAGCUCUUUGAGAAGGCUGCAGCGCACCUCCAAGGCCUGGUUCAAGUGGCCAGCAGGGAGCAGCUCUUGUACCUGUAUGCUAGGUACAAGCAGGUCAAAGUUGGAAAUUGUAAUACUCCUAAACCAAGCUUCUUUGAUUUUGAAGGAAAGCAAAAAUGGGAAGCAUGGAAAGCCCUUGGUGAUUCAAGCCCCAGUCAAGCAAUGCAGGAAUACAUUGCAGUAGUUAAGAAAUUAGAUCCAGGUUGGAAUCCUCAGUUACCUGAGAAGAAAGGAAAAGAAGCAAAUACCGGUUUUGGUGGCCCCGUUGUUAGUUCUCUGUAUCAUGAAGAAAUCAUCAGGGAAGAAGACAAAAACAUAUUUGAUUACUGCAGGGAAAACAACAUUGACCAUAUAACCAAAGUCAUCAAAUCGAAAAAUAUGGAUGUGAAUAUGAAAGAUGAAGAGGGCAGAACUCUACUCCAUUGGGCGUGUGAUCGAGGACAUAAAGAACUAGUCACAGUCUUGCUACAAUAUAGAGCUGAUAUUAACUGCCAGGACAAUGAAGGUCAAACAGCUCUACAUUAUGAGAUGUGUUGAGUAAGAAGUUGCUGCGGCCAAGAUCAAAGAGGUUUUUGCCUGCUUUCUCCUCGAGGAUUUUGAUGGCUUCCUGUCUUACAUUGAGGUCUUUCAUCCAUUUUGAGUUUAUUUUGUGUGUGGUGUAAGAAAGUGGUCCAGGUUCAUUCUUUUGCAUGUUGCUGUCCAGUUUUCCCAGCACCACUUGCUGAAGAGACUGUCUUUAUUCCAUUGGAUAUUCUUUCUUGCUUUGUCAAAGAUUAGGUGGCCAUACAUUUCUGGGUCCAUUUCUGGGUUCUCUAUUCUGUUCCAUUGAUCUGAGUGUCUGUUCUUGUGCCAUUUUUUUUUAAACCACUGACCAAGAUUUUAACAACAUACAUAGACUGCAGUUUUCUCACUGAUCACCACACUGGGGGGAAGCUUUUUUUAAAGAGACAUUGGCCAGAAAGUUGGACUCUGACCUAUUUGGCCUCUGAUUCUGCUGCAGGGCAGAAAUGAACCCACAUGUUCAAUUCUGUAUGACUAGUGCUAUCUUUUCAUAUGCAUUUAGUUUUUUUGACUUUUCAGGCUGUUUUCAUGGGCAUUGUUUAAUCUGUCAUCCCUCCAUUAUAACCCUAUUAAAGUGGGGUAGUGUCUGUUAAGUCCACUUAUACAAGAAUGAAUUGAAAAUACAAGCAGGUUACUUCAAUUGCCCACGAUCACAGAGUAGUAGAGCCACAGUUAGGACCAAGUCUACAAAAUCGCAGUCCUUUUUAUUAGACCACAAAACUCAUGUAAGUGUUCAAGCUCUUCCUUCAUUCCAUCCACAGAUACUUUUUGAGAGCCCACUGAAUAACAGACACUGUUCCAGGCCACUGUCACUCCCUUUUCCCCUUAUCAUGGAUAUUUAGAAUUACUCCCAUGAUGUUAUCUCAAGGUAUUGCAUGAGGUAACUUUAAAAGUCUGAUAGAAAUUCAUAAAUUACUUAUGAAAAACUAAAUAUUUUAAACCUACUAUAACUAUGUCUCUAAUAAAGAUGUAAGAAUCCAGCCAACUGGCCACACAUUGUUCUCUCUUAGGCUUGUCAGGUAGACGGAUAACAACCAAAGUAUAAUAUCUGGAAUUGUAUCUAUUAUAUCUUUUUUUUUUUAAUGUUUCAGCAUUUUCCAGCUAAAAGGUGGCUAUAAUCAAGUGAACCUUUCUAUUAAAUAGGUAUUUCUUAGCUUCCUGCCAGGUUUAACUGCUUGGCUAUGGCUUAUUAUCCCAUGUACAGUACGGCAUCUCUGAGGAUUAAUGAGCAAGGUGCAGGAUGGUAGCAGAGCUGAGCUUGGGUUGCAGAAGGGGUUAGUGCCUAGGCUAAUGAAUGCUUCACUUGAACAUGAAGACUUUCAAAUGUUUAUUUAAUAUUUAACAGUUGAAACAUGAAAGCUUUCAUCAAAUUUCAAGUCCCCUAGAAAUCCCCCUCACAAAUAAAUGUUUAUCACAGAAUAGGUAUGUAACCCAUGAGCCACAAUUUAGUAACAUUGAGUUUAAAUAUUUGUGAGUGAGGGGCACCUGGGUGGCUCAGUCGGUUAAGCGACUGACUUCAGCUCAGGUCAUGAUCUCACAGUUUGUGGAUUUUGAGCCCCACAGCGGGCUCUGUGCUGACAGCUCAGAGCCUGGAGUCUGCUUCUGAUUCUGUGUCUCCCUCUCUCUCUGCACCUCCCCAACGUGUGCUCUGUCUCUCUCAAAAAUAAAUAAACAUGUAAAAAUUUAAAUAUUUAUGAGUGAAUUUCAAAUCCCAAUUCCUAAGGUAUUUGGAGUUAAAUGUUUUAAUAGUAGUUAUAAUACUGUAUUUGAUCCAUUCUAAGACACACUUUUUUUUUUGGUUAGUGAUACAUAAACCAAUGUGUCCUUUUUAAAAAAUUUUUCUUAAUGUUUAUUUAUUUUUGAGAGAGAGAGAGAGAGACAGCGCAAGCAGGGGAGGGGCAGGCUCCAGGUUCUGAGCUGUCAGCACAGAGCCCGAUGCAGGGCUCAAACCCACGAACCGCGAGAUCGUGACCUGAGCUGAAGUCAGACCCUUAAUUGACUGAACCACCCAGGCACCCCGACUAAUAUGUCUUAAAAUGAAUACAUCUUAGCUUUAAUGCCAGAACAGUAGUUACACCUUUUGUACAAGACUGUGCACACAAGCAUCUUAAUUGAACCUCAGAAUAAUUGUAAAAGUAGAAAUAUUUGGUAUUUUCUCUGGCAAACGAGGGAAUUGAAACUCAGAACUUUUAGGGAAAUUGUCCAAGGUCAUAUAAGUAGAAACAGUAAGCGUGCUCAUCUUUUUAUAGGCUUUAUUAUAUUUAAAGCACUUCAGUAUGCAUGAUCUUAUUUUUUUUUUUUUCAGAAUCAGGGUGAUUAAGCCUUGUGACACCAAGUCAAAACGUUUUCCCUGCACCUCAUUAUUAGGAUAAGCCACAGUGGAAACAAAAGCAACCAUACUCAAAGGUACAUUGAUAAUCCAGCCUUGGAGCGCCUGGGUGGCACCUGAGUGGCUCAGUAGGUUAAGCGUCCCACUUCAGCUCAGGUCAUGAUCUCAGUUCGUGAGUUUGAGCCCCGCGGGCUCUGUGCUGGCAGCUCAUGGCCUGGAGUCUGCUUAGGAUUCUUUCUCCAGCUCUCUCUGCCCCUCCCCUGUUGGCGCUCUGUGUCUCAAAAAUAAACCUCAAAAAAAUUUAUUUUUUAAAUAAGCCUCUUCGUGGAUUUUAUCUGUAAACAUUGGACUUUAUCCUUAUGACAUAAAAAGCUUUCAGUGCAGUCUGUUGUGCUCGUGUGAUUUGAAAAAUUAUCAUUGGGGCUUUACCAUAAGCAUCUUUAUUAUUUUAGCAACCUUUCACAAUUUCUUCAUCAGAGAGAUUUUGGGUGAAAGUAUAGUGAUUAUCAGACCGAACAAGAAAGCUUCCUUGUCUUCCUCACCUAAUGUUUAUUAUGCACUGAGUGUGAUCAGUUUUUCAAAUGUGCAUUAAUUGGCAUUACACUAAAGGAUUGAACAGGGAAAGCUCUGUAUCCUCAUCUUUACUCACUUAUCCUUGAAAUAUGCUUGUCAUGGUCCUCCCUGGAAAGCAGAAAUUUAAUGGUUUGUUCACCAGAGUUAUUAGGAGUGCGUGGUUUUUUAUUUACUAUUUUUACUUUUAUAUGUACAUUCUUUAAAACUUUCUUUUCUGUGUUUUGUUAUAUCACUUCCUUUGGCACAGUUACACAUGUCAUUAUUUUGCAUUUUUUUACUGUGUCUUCUUUGGGGAUUCAUGUACUGAAGUCACUUUUGAGGGCGUAUCGCUUCCUCCAGCAAUAGGAAGCCUCCAGGCCCUAAAAACUAGAUCAGAAUAUUCAUAAGGUGCAUGCUAGUUUAUACCAAGACAGAAUCUUCCUUGCUGAUAUAUUCUUCAUACAUGGCCUUAGAAAGAAUGAACAUGAGUUUGCAAUGGAACACCGAGGUUAAAAACCAGAUGGGAAACAUCCUAGGAGCUGCCCCCCCCCCCCCGCUGUAACAUUCAUUGCCUCAUGGUGGAACCCAGUGCCCUCAGUGU